AUGGAGUUUCUCUGGUUGUGGAUACCUGGUCUUGGAUCUCUGAUGCUUCUGGAAAUCUUCACCCUGCCCAUUGAACAGGAUGAGCGGCUGAGGCCUGAGGAUGUGGAGCUGGCUGAGGUAUGUAGUUGGAUGUCUGUCCUAUUCUUUAAGACACAGAUAUAUUAUGAAAUUACAUGGAGGUUCUUUUCAAUAUAAUUCAACAUAAACUUUUCACACUGUUUCCAUGUUUUGAUAAGGCGCUGUCUAUUGGAAAAGUUUUUAAUUGUAUUUUACUAUUCAUCAUUUAUUUUCAUUUGAGUAAUUUUCAUUUACUUGGUGUUCUUUAACUUGUUUUCAUUGAGUUCAAAAGUAUAAUUUAAUAAUUUUUAGGAGUAAACUAAUUUUAACAUCUGUAGUCAUAGAGAAGUGAAUGGCUUUCCAAAAAUCCUUAAACAGAAUUGUAAACUGUAGAUUAAAACAAGAAUGUAAAGAAUAUAAAAGAUAUUUUUAAUAAUCUGUUAUUUAUUUUGAAAUUGGACGAAACAAACAGAAAAUGGGUUUUCUUUAACUGAUUCCAAGUUUGUUUUUCUGAUCCAGUCCAUUAUCUGACUACUGUUGUCCAAAUAAUCCUCUCCAAUUUGUCACUGGUCUUUUAGCAAUGACAAAGAGGUCAAUCAGGGGAAACAGGGAAAAAGAUUUCACCUCUUUGAGAAAAUUUGAUUUGUGAAUAAGUUUCCCCUCUUACUGUACCUCUAAAAAUAAAACACUACAUGACCUCACUUCUCAGAGCUACCUGAGCAGGUUUUAUGACCUGAACCCCAGAGGCAGAAUGUCGGGGAGACAGAUCAGGUCCACGUCAGUCAUGGAGGAGGAGCUCAGAGAGAUGCAGAACUUCUUUGGUCUUCAGGAGACGGGUCAUCUGGACCCUCAGACCUUGGAUAUGAUGAAGGAGCCGAGGUGUGGUGUCUCCGAUAUAGAUAACUACAGUUUUUACCCUGGAAAACCUAAAUGGAAGAACCUCACCAUCACAUACAUGUGAGACGAUUACUUUCAUAGUUUUGAAUUUUGUCGUAAGAUUUACUCCCUCCCUUUAUUCAUUUGUGUGUCUCUUUAAACUUUGUAAACAGGAUUGAAAAAUAUACUCCAGACAUGAAGAGAGAGGAUGUGGAAGCAUCCUUCUAUUCAGCCCUCAAGAUGUGGAGCGAUGAAGCACCUCUUAGAUUCAUCAAAGUCAACCGUGGCAAAGCUGAUAUAGUUUUCACCUUUGCCCGUGGAAGUAAAUCUGAAAAACCACUUCUAAAUGUUGAUUAAAACACACUUAAUUCACAAUUUUCUUAUGAUGGUUGACACCAAAAACACAGUACAAAUGACGGUGUCGAUACUGGACUUUGAAAACCUGUUGUUGAUGUUGCAGCUCAUGGGGAUUUCUUUCCCUUCGAUGGGCCUCGUGGUGUGCUGGCUCAUGCUUUUCAGCCAGGAGAUGGGAUGGGAGGAGAUGUGCACUUCGAUGAGGAUGAAACAUGGACAGCAGGGAAACGAGGUCUGUUAUAAAGAAAAUCACAAAAAAAGUUUCUUUAGUUCAGAGAGUAAUCAGUCAGUCUUAAUUUAAAAGGUGCUUAUAUGUAAAAAAUGUAACAAAAGAAAAAAAAAAACAGCUAUAAACUGUACUGUUUGAUUUGUUACUUACCGAGACUAAGAAUGUUGCAGCAUUCAGCCAAUAACCAUGACAAGAAUUAAUUCUUUUUAACAAGACAAAACACUGAAUUUUACACUUAAAUUCAACUUAAAUCUAUCAGAAACUAGAAUGAUUUUAAGAACCCCUUUUUAAAAGACUUUUAGAGACAUUGGGUACCACCAUUCAGGGGUAACAGAGCACUAUAAACUUUUUAACAUGUGACUGCACCAUUUUGUGGGGAGAGAUUUUAAAUGCUUUACUAGAUUCAAUGGGAAGUCAGUGUGGACAGGCUAACAUGGGAGUUACACUCUAAAAACCCCUGCACCGGGGUUGAAAAGGGACUAAAUACUUAUUAGGUUAUUUUGACCCAAAUUUUGGGUUGACUCAAUAACUCUUUUUAGGGGUCAAGUUAACCCAAUCUUCGAGUUAAUUCGACUCAUGAUCUUGUGUGAAAUUGACACAUGCAUUUGGGGAGCUUUUUUUGCUUUUACAAACUGUACCAUCUGAGCCCGUAUGGCUUUCAAUGGUACACGGUCUUGCCUCAAAACCCACAUGGGUAGAUGUACUUACUUUCUUACAGAUGUGUCUCAUGCGGGAUUCGAACUGGAUGCUUUACCCGCUGAGCUACUCCAGCCACCCAAUACAUACUGGGGUAGCUACCCCACUACAUAUAUAUAUAAACUCAAGGUCAAAGUUCACAAGGUCACCUUAAUUGCCAUUGGGCCUAGAAACCACAUAGAGUCAAUCAAACCCAACGUUCUGACCCAAUUAUUGGGUUACUCUAAGAGCGCCUAUAAUUAUUAACCCAUUCAAAAAAUCCUCAAAUUGGGUUACAAUAGAAUCCAUAUGACCCAUCCUUAUUUUUUUUGUUCUUUCCAUAAGUAGGAGUUGUAAGUCAUAUCCUGAUCAAAUAAAACAAAAUCAUGGAAACCUCCUCUGUCAAAACAGUCCAAUGCAAGACUUAAACCUGAAUACUCGUUUUGUAAAUACACUCACAACCACUUCCUGUUCAGCUCGACAGCUUCGUAAGUCCCUGAUGUUUCAAACCCACAGACAUUUUUCACACGGUUUAAGAUGAAUUACCUUUCUGUUGGACUGAUGGGACUGCUCUGUUGUUUCUAUUCAGGUUACAGCCUGUUUGCUGUUGCAGCUCACGAGCUUGGCCAUUCACUGGGCUUGACUCACUCAAGAGACCCCUCUGCGAUCAUGUACCCCAAUUACAGGUCUCACAGCAGUACUCAAUACUCCCUGUCCAAAGACGAUGUGCUUGGGAUCCAAACCUUGUACGGUGAGGAACAAUUGAAAGAUUCUGAUGAUUACUUUUUAUAAAUGGGGAAAAAACACAUUCAGGAGAUGAUGUGCACUAAUCUAUAUGUCAUACUGAAAGAUUUUCAUCCCAAUGCUCUUAAGGAAAACCCACAAGAAAAGAGGAAAACCAACAAGCCCCUCAAAAGUGUGACCCAAACUUGUCUUUGGAUGCAGCAGUUAUGAUGGGAGAUGAGAUUAUUUUCUUCAAAAACAGGUAGGUUUUUCAAAUAUGAUUACAAAAGUGUUGUAAAAUGUUUGAGUUCCCCCCGAAUUCUCUUAUCGAUUUAAUUUCAGGUACAUGUGGAUGAGAACGACACAGACAACGUACUGGAAUCGCUUGAGAGAGAGCCACAGCAGCGUGUUUUUACCCAGCAUCACCUCGCAUGUUGAUGCUGCUUAUGACAUCCCUGCCAAAGGCGUGGCAUUCAUAUUCACUGGUAGAGUAAUGAGCAGUCUGCAAAGCAUCACUUAAACCUGGUCAGCAUGACAAGGCUAGAUUUCCAGCUAAGGAACACAACAUUGCACUCAAAUUAUAGCCCUGUGCAACUUUAGCGUUUGAGUCCAUACAGGAAACUUGCUGAAUUAGACCGUGCUUGUGGUAUGUUGCUGUUUUUCAUAGUGGCUCCAAAAUGCAGUGACAUGGCUGUGUUUUUCCAGGUCAUAAAUACUGGGUGGUUCAACAGCUUAAGAUGAAAAGUCAAGCCGGCUCCAUCUAUGAAUAUGGCUUUUCCCCCAGAGUACGGCAAGUUGACGCUGCCGUGCAUAUCCCUGAAUAUGGAAAAACGAUCUUCUUCAUCGGCGAGGUUUAUUACAGGUUAUUAUUGAUUACCACAUUGCUACACAAUUUAAUUGUUUCACAUUCUUAUUACUACUAUCAAUAUACAAACUCAAUCAGUGAAAUAAAAGUGUAAAAUAUUAUAAUCUUAUAUGUUCCUUUUGAGCCCAUUUAGAGUCAGUAACUGAAUGAGUUUAAGUUUUACCAUACUGGACCUUUAAUACAAAGGAAGUGUACACUAUGUAAAAAAGCAUUGGUAACACUUUAUUUGAUGCCUAUUUUUAUAACACAUUAUAAAUAUAUGUAUAAUGUGUUAUAAUCACAUUAUAGCACUGUAUAACUAUAGUUAUAAACACUCAUAAACGAUCAUAAUGCUUUAUAGCAAUAAUCAUAACACAUUAUAAAGCAUUUUAUUAUGACUCACAAAUUCAGGUAUUAUAAUGUGUUACAACUGUUAACAACAGUUGCAUUGCAUUAUCUAUGUGGGCAUUGUCAGUGAGUUGUUAACAGUUUUAACAAAUAAUACCUGACCUUGUGAGUCAUAAUAAAAUGCUUUGUAAUAUGUUAUGAUUAUUGCUCUAAAGCAUUAUGAUCAACUCUAGUUAUACAGUGCUAUAAUGUGAUUAUAACGCAUUAUACAUAUAUUUAUAAUGCAUUAUAAAGAUAGGCAUCAAAUAAAUUGUUAUCAAAGCAUUUUUGUACCUAUAUAGUAAAUUAAUUCUGUCAAACUGUCCUUUCUUCCUCAGCUAUGAUGAGCACAGGAGAAAAAUGGACCCUGGCUUUCCAAAACUCAUCCAAUCUGACUGGCCAGGAAUCCCCAAAAGGGUUGCCGCUGCCUUCAAGUUACAGGGUAACUUUUACAGUUCACGGUCUUAA